UAUCCCGAAAUCUGUGGCUGCUGGCUGACGGAAAUGAGCUGGAGACUCGGAAAAGUUGUUGUCGCAGGAAGUCUGGGGGGAAAACGCUACCGGGUGAUGGCGGCAAAGGCUAAGGCAGAGGAGGUGCCGGUGGACGGCGCAGAGGAGCAGCAUCCCCCUGCGGCGGCCGAGGAGUUGGCCGCCCAGAAGCGCGAACAGAGACUGCGCAAAUUCCGGGAGCUGCACCUGAAGCGGAAUGAAGCUCGAAAAUUAAAUCACCAGGAAGUUGUGGAGGAAGAUAAAAGACUUAAAUUACCUGCAAAUUGGGAAGCUAAGAAAGCUCGUUUGGAAUGGGAAUUGCAGGAAGAAGAAAAGAAAAAAGAAUGUACAGCAAGAGGGGAAGACUAUAAGAAAGUGAAGUUGCUAGAGAUCAGUGCAGAAGAUGCAGAAAGAUGGGAGAGGAAAAAGAGGAGGAAAAACCCCAAUCUGGGAUUUUCAGAUUAUGCUGCUGCCCAAUUACACCAGUAUCAUAGGUUGACAAAGCAGAUCAGACCUGACAUGGAAACAUAUGAGAGACUGAGAGAAAAGCAUGGAGAGGAGUUCUACUCAACAUCUAACGGUCUUCUUCAUGGAACACAUGUGCCUUCCACAGAGGAAAUUGAUAGGAUGGUCGUAGUCUUGGAAAAGCAAAUUGAAAAACGAGACAAAUACAGCCGGAGACGUCCUUAUAAUGAUGAUGCAGAUAUUGACUACAUUAAUGAAAGGAAUGCUAAAUUCAACAUGAAGGCAGAAAGAUUCUAUGGGAAAUAUACAGCUGAAAUUAAACAAAAUUUGGAAAGAGGAACGGCUGUCUAAUCUCCUUCAGGAACUGUUCUGACUGCCAAAUUGUACCAGUAAAUCAGGACUCUUUCCUUUUAUAAUUUGUAAAGACAUGUUUUACAAAUCUGUGUAUUUUCAUACUUAUAUAUUUAUUAUUCAUUUGUUUUAGAAAAAUGUCUUGUAUUUCUGUGUUUAAAGUGUGUGCUUAAUGUGUGCACUCUGCUAGGCUUAAAAUCCUUAGAUACGAACACAAGUCAUCAUCAUGCUGAAAUCUGUCAUACAUUUGACUUGACCUGGAGUUGAACUUGGGAGCUUCAGAGGUGAGAUGCUAAAUUGGCACUAAUUCUUCUUAUAAGCUAUGGUAGGUAGUGAAAGGAAGGCAGUGGUCACUGGAAAUUCAACCUAAUCCCUCCCUGCUCCAAGAGGUCACAAUUAGCAGGUGCUUGCCUGUCCCAUGUUCUAUCCCAUAGCCCAGGUCCAUUUAUGGGGCAAGCAUAGAGGGUGGGAGACUGAUUCUCCAAUAGCAUUUUACAAAUAUGCCAUCCUUCAAAAAGCAAAUAUCCCUUGGAAGAAGGUAAGUUAAAACACUUGGUGAAAGUAUUAUUAAAAUACACAUAAUACAAUCUUUUUUUUUAAAGGCUAACUGGAAUUCUAACCUUAUUUCAACUGUAACUAAAAAAUUAGGACAUGUGAUUUUAGUAGUAAUUAUGGGAAACAGACGAUAGAAAACCUGAAGUCAGGAGUAUCCCAUGAAAGUGAAGAUUAUUUGUGCCAUGUUAUGUGAAUAAAAACAUGCCUAGGAUUGAGAUCAGUAUAAGCUGGGCACACUUAUUGAUCAAUGAGUAGGAAGCUCUGAUUUAGCUAAUGACGGGCUUAUAAAGAUGGUAAUAUAAAUGCUAAUAAAGGUAUAUUCAAUGUACUGUGAA